GAUGCCGAUCUGAAGAAAUGAAUAAUGUGAACGUUGGGGGCGACCGUGGGAUUACUCAGUGGUGAGACAGACAUCAAGGAGAGCCUAGUGCGGAGGAGGGAGAAGCAUAUUCUCUCUGAUUUGGUCCACUCUGUCUCAGAGGGGAGAAGUCUAACCAGACAUACUGCGAGCAUCAGAACCGGGAUGAACAUUGAGGUUGGGAACGUGUCUCACACGGGAGCCAUCAUCUCCUGGUCGUCCUCGGAGCCCUGCUUGGAGGACUAUUACCAUAUUAUGUACAGGCCCAACUGGAACAGCAUCUUCUCCGGCUACCUGCGCUACAGCUUCCAUCACGAGGAGAAGGUGCCUCGGACCAUCACCUCCGUGGCGUUGGAACACCUUGCCCCUUCCACUCUCUACUUCCUCUGCAUCAGCUGCAAGAAGGCUGCCUUCCCAUACAGUCACUACUGUACCAUGUUUCACACCCUGGAUAAGAGUCCACUGGCUGCGGGGGGCUCUCUGGUGGACCCUCAAAUUUCUCUCUGGGUACUGAUGGCCAUCCUGCUGGCAUGCUUCACGGCUGUGUUGGCCUUCAUCUGCCUCCAGUUCUGGUGCAUCCGGUGUCAUGAGCCGAGAUGGUCUUACAGAGCCGGACACAUGGAGGAAGCCAAUGGGUUGGUAAGAUGGCCGGAGGACACCCCAGCUCUCGGUCAGAGGGAAGAAGACAUGCAGGGGCUACCCCUGGUGGAACUUCCAAGGAAGAACUCUGGGGCCAGAGCUGAAGCUGAGCCAGAGGCUAAAGCCAACCAGGAUGUGGUGGCCUUAGCUAGAGAGGGUGGUGACCAACCCGCCAUCUUGCCUCACUAUAGGGAGUAAGUGAAGUGGAGGAGAUGCUCCAUUUCACGUAGCCUAAAACGCUCUCCAUAGCGAGUCCUGUGUGAAAAUUUGUCUGUAGAUCACCCAUUUCUCUCCUCGUGAAUGUCAGCGCUGUAUGAGUGAGUGAGGUUGGAUGGAUGCCGUACAACAACGGUCCCGAAGCUGGAAAAUGGACCCUCAAGGCAUUGUUUCUGCAUUGUCCCUGUGGAGGCUUAGUUAAGAACUUGAGACCUUGUUUCAAUAUUAAAAUCAACCACGGCUGUAUAACAGACAGUACAAGUAGCUAGACCUGAAUCUGACAGUUCUUGAAAGGAAUGCCGCGUCAGUCAUCUAUUUAAAGGUACGAAAGCCUCAGCCUGCACCUCCAGGUUAAUUUCCUUUUUUUUUUUUUAAGCCAUAGACUGGUUUAUCACUUUUAUUAACAGCUAAGACCUUUUAUUUAAAUUGACCACAGCUUUAAAACAUAGACUCUCAGGAGACAGCUUUGUAUAAGCCCGGAAACAGAAAUCCAGGCCUCUCUUGUUAUAAGCAGAAGGGAACAGAAGAAAGGAUAAACACAACAAGCAAGAUGACAUCAAAUUGGAUGACUACCAGCUUGCCAAUGAAUCCUGGGCUUAAGACCUGCUCUCUCGUGUUUGGUAAACAGGUAGGCCAGCCGGUGCUGAGGAGAACAGCAUCAACACUAGUGUCAAUGCUUUUCCUUUACAUAACAUAAGGUUCGAAAGAGAACAGAAAAGGGAAGCGUGCCUCUUGGUUUGUGAACCAUGUCUGUGAGCCCCCUCGAAUGAUGUCUGCAGGCCCUCCCCAUUCUUUUCUUUCUCCCCCGACCCCCUGUUUAUGGGGGUGUAGUCUUACUACACAGCCUUGGCUGACUAGAACUUGCCAUGGAGACCAGAGUGUCCCUGAACUCCCAGCAGUCCUGCUGCUCUGCCAGGGCUAGGACAUUUGUGUUACAAGCUUCUCUCGUUUGAGGAAAUCGCCUCCAACAGUCUGGCUCCUCUGGAGAAGGCACCUGCCCUCCUGAGCAUCCUCCUCACACCCUGCAGGUGUCCCAUCCGGAGCUUCUCCAGCUUAACCACACCUCUAAAGCUGAAGAUCUCUUGACCUCAUGCCAUCAUAUUCAUCUAAGCCUAUCUCUGCUUAUGUUGAAAAAGGGGGACCAAAGGUGGCUGUUUUUGUUCUGUCAGCAAGAAAAUCACUGCCCUCUCUCUUGGUGGUAGACAUGUUUUACCCUUACCGUGUCUUUCCUUAUUCUUUCCAUACGAACCCCUAUUAUAAGAUUAAAUCUAUACAUACUGUGACAUCGGUGGGACUUGGUGAAAACUAUUCCCUACCACAAAUGUGGAAUGAAGUAUGGCUGGGUGUGGGUUAUGUCUUCUUCAUCUCUGAUGUACAGUGAGCAUUUAUAAUCUAACCCAUGUCUGGCCUCAAAGGGGUAUAUACUAAAUGUCAUUGGAUGGAUGAA